AUGUCAAACCCAGUUGAAGAAGAAGAAGAAGCACCCACGCAACCUGAAACAACUUAUGAUCGAGAACAAUCAAAACCUGCAUCAGAGGAACAAUUACUGGGAACUAAUGGAGAAAAAGUGAACAACCCUCUAACUACAUUCAGAUCCAAAUCUACAUUACACGUGAAGGGAGAAGAAACCACAUUAGAUGAACAAUCUUUCAUGGAAUGGUCCGUUAACGAUGUUGUGAAAUGGUGUUUCAAAAGUUUAUCAUUGAAUGAUAUAAAUGACCCAUUGAUUAAAAACCUGGUUGAUCACGACAUUAGUGGUGAUGUACUGGAUGAAUUGGACAUUAAUGAUUGUAAAGAUUUAUGUGAUCAUGAUAAUAAAAAGGCUAUUAAAUUACAACUAGCAUUCAAUAAAUUAACUGAUACCCAUCCUCACAAAACAGCUCUCGAUCAAGACAAGGAAAAUUAUACUACAAUAUUAGAUAAUCUUUACUCUUUGGUCUCUGAUAAAUUACAGGAAUUUCAAGAUGAAUAUUCCAAUUUUAGGAAUGAAGUCAUUGAAAGAAUAACGCAAUCUGACCCAAUCGUUAGAAGUACAAUUGAAAGGAAGGUACCUUCCUUAUUAACUCCUGUACAGACAGCCAUUCCGGCUAAUGAAGCAGGGCAAGAAUAUUUCUCAACUAAUCAUCAUCCACAUCCACAUCCAUAUCCUCCUCAUCAAACAACUUCUAAUCCAAGAUUAUCGUUGUACGGUCCACCAAAUAAUUUAUCAUCCAUGGCUCCAUUACAUAAACAAGUUAUACCACAACAACGACAGGUAAAGAGAACGGGAUCGUAUUCCUCCUCAUCUGAUAAUACUCCCACUACAUUGACCCAUCCAAGUAAUGCCCAACAGCAGCAACAGCAGCAGCAACAGCAGCAGCAAUCAACUUCUACAUCCCCGGUUGAACCAUUAAAACAAUUACGGGCAUCAAAGGAGGAUUCCUGUGAAAGGAUCCUGAAAAAUGCAAUGAAAAGACAUAAUCUAAAUGAUAAAGAUUGGAAACAAUAUGUACUUGUCAUCUGUUAUGGUGAUCAAGAAAGAAUAUUAGAAUUAAAUGAAAAACCCGUCUUAAUAUUCAAAAAUUUAAAACAACAAGGUUUACAUCCAGCAAUCAUGCUAAGGAAAAGAGGUGAUUUCCAAGAAUUAUCGUUAGAAAAUAUUAACACCAAUAUGAAUACAUAUGCAUAUAAUAAUAAUAAUACUAAUAUUCCAGCCCAUGAUCAUUUCAAUGAACAAUCUCCUCAUGAAGAAACAUAUGAUAAUGUUACUCCUGGUGGUAGACUAUAA